AUGCUUUAUUACACAAUCGAAGUGAAACCGUUGUUGAAAAUUCGGGAAAUCCGAUCUCUGAAAGACUAUGAUUCAGAAGAUGAGGACAAAAAUGAAAUUUAUAUUAAAAGCGAGACAAAUUACUUGGAUUACAAUGAGUUCGAGAAUGAUGAUAAUAAUGAUGAUAAUGAAGAUGAUUCAGAUGAUGAAACAUAUGAUCACACGAAAGAUGAUGAUGGUGAAAUAUUGACACAUUUUAAUUUAAAUCUUUCAAAUGACAUGUCUAUACAGAAACUCGAUAUACAAGCACAUCGUAAUUCCAAAUUGACAAGGCAAAUGAUUGAUCAACAAUGCCUUGUCAAUUUCUACUGUAAAGCAUGUAACAAAUCGUUUCCACGAGAACCGUGUACUCGAUCAAAAAAUUGUACCGUCUGUCAAUCGCCUUUGUUAUUUCAAUGCUCUCGUUGUAAUGACAAAAUCUAUACUGCUUUGCAAUCCGCUCAGCGUCACGUUCAAGGUGAAUGUGUAAAUCCUCAGAUGUUACAUUGCCUAUUUUGUGAUUACGAAACUCCGAGAAAGUAUCGUUUGAUUGGCCACAUCGAACGUCGUCACGGAAAAAGUACCACUAUUCAACGAAAAAAUCCCAAUAUUGUAAGGAAUGUGGCGAAAGACUUAAAAUUUGUUAAAAGGAGACAGCGUAAGAAGAAGUGUCCCAAUUGUGGAAAUAAGUUUAAAACCAAUGUCAGAUAUGAAAAACAUGUUAUUAGAUGUACAGAGAAACUUGGAAAGACUGAGUAAAAUAUGCAUUAUUUAAUUUAUGGUUUAUCUUAAACUUCCAAUGAGUUAUUAUAAAUAAAUCAAUCAGAAUAUUUUUGAUAUAAUAAUUAAAUGAUUGUGUACUUCAAUAUCAAAUAUUAAAAUGUUUACUUUGUUGUAUAAAAAUAUUUAUAAAUAUUAUUAUAAAUAAAGAAUAUCCGAUACAUAUAGUGCAAAAUUUGCGCAAUUAUGAUGCUGUUACAUUCUCAGUCGUUAAGAUACGUAAAAAUAAAACAUGCGUAACACUUUUCUCAACGAAAUGUUUUUUAUUUGAUUUUAAUUCCAUUGUACUCCAAUAUCAAAUAUCAA